UUUACGCCAAAUUGUACCCUUCCUCCUCCUGGGUCCAAUUAUGUCGCUGGGCUAAACGUGCGCAGUACGACUGGAAUCCUCUGGAAUUGCUUGUCCAUCAUCAUUUUGUGCACCUGGAAUAUCCAACAUCUGAAUGUUCCCCCCAUUCAAGAUUCUCCUCACGGCUUAGAGAAAAUAUGGCGCCCCAUCUGGGAAUCGAGGGUCAAAGUCAAAUGGAUGAUCAUCACUAUUCUCGUUCCUGAAUUCUUGGUUGGGAAAGCGCUUGGUGAAAUGCUCUCGGCUCGACAAAGUGUUAAAGACAUGCAACUUUCCAUGAGCGGAUCCGAGACGAUUUUACACGCACAGCCCGUUCGUGUGCCUAAAGUUCCAUGGGGAAUGGUCCAUGGGUAUAUGGCCAACAUGGGCUAUUUUGUGCUUGACUGGGAAAUGGGCAUAGAAGAAGAGCAUGAGAUCGAGGGGACAUCCAGGAAAUCCAACGAGAUCGAGGACAACAAAACUUUCCCGCUACCAAGCCGAGAUAUUGAUGAUCAAGAUCUAGAGUAUCUUGCCUUGCAGAAUCUAUACCGAUUAGAAUCUACUUCCAGGCGGUCAAGAUCUGAAAUCCAGACCGGACCAGAUGAGCAAUGGCAAAUGGAUAGAUUCUGGGCUUUGGAUGCUCGGCAAUGGAACUUGAUAUUCAAAUAUAAUGUUGCGACACCGCCCAAACUGCCCGUAUCUCAUUUAGAGAGGCUAGACAAAGGAGGAACUUUGGUGAAGAUUCUUGCUGUCCUCCAGGUUUCGUAUUUGAUCCUCCAGCUGAUCGUCCGUAAAGUCCAUGGUCUACCUUCGGCACAGCUCGAAAUCGCGGCCUUGGCCUUUUCUGCAUCUAGUAUCAUAACAUAUCUGUUGUACUUGAAGCGACCUCAAGGUAUAGAAACCAUCUAUACAGUACGAGCAGACCCAGGUCCUAUAGAUUAUUAUGCCAGUUCAAGGCUGAAAGAUAUCGUUGAAGACGGUCCACGAUAUCUCUGGCAAGGCAAACGGAACAUUCCCGAAUUCGAUCCGACCUUGGGCCCCGCUCCGAUCCCGAACGAUUCCAGCCAUUGGACGAUGGGACUUCCAGGACGCGCUUUGUAUGGUGGUAACGACGAACUGCUCCUUUUGGCAUUCGGAGCUCUGGUCGGUGGAACUGUCUUCGGAGGACUACAUUGCCUUGCUUGGAACUUUCAUUUUCCCACGGAAACUGAACGGCUUGUCUGGAGAAUAUGCUCAGUAAUGACAUCUUGCUUACCUUUGUUGUUCCUUUUCCCGGUGGCUCUAUGGAUGAAACUGAAUCCAGCAGCGCUGCCAGGCUACGAGCGUGAGCGCGCAUCAUCGACGGCCAAGUUUUUAGUUGGGGCAUUGAUUCUUGUUCUGUUUGUGGGACCUUAUAUUCUAGCGAGACUUUUCUUAAUGGUGGAAAUUUUCAGAAGUUUAUGCUUCCUCCCUUCAGAAGCUUUCUUUGAGACCUGGUCUGGGAACUUCCCACAUCUUGGAUGA